AUGAGCAGACCGCCAACUCCACCAGCUGAUCCUCCCGCAAGCCGAGCUCAAUGGCGCUUUCAUGCACUGUCUGCACCUACGGAAUGGAUCGAGGAUUACCGUCCAGGGAAAUAUCACCCUGUUCACUUUCGUGACAACCUUAAAUCGUCGCGCUAUCGCAUAAUUCGAAAACUUGGAUAUGGGUCUUUUUCCACUGUGUGGUUGGCCAAGGACCAUAUGCGUAACCAGUAUGUUACUGUCAAGAUACUGAUCGCGGAUCCGGAUGCAUCAAAACAUGAAUUGGCAAUUCUGCAAGUACUUUCCCGCAGCUCCGCUCAAGGGAAAAGCCACGUCAUGAAUAUGCUAGACUUUUUCGAGCACAAGGGUCCCAAUGGAGUCCACCGUUGUCUAGUCUUUGAGUUGAUGGGUCCUAGCGUAGCUAGUGCGUCCGAAGAUCUCCUCGAUGAUGUGGUCGACGCCUCCAGCGAGCAACAAAGGUUCCCAAUCUGGAUGGUUAAGAGGAUCCUCCACCAUACCCUGCUUGGUAUUGAAUUCUUGCAUGCCAACGGGAUUGCACACGGAGACCUUCAACAAGGCAACCUCCUAUUCCCUGUAAAGGACUUGAGCACUGUUGGUGAAGAAGAACUAUCUCGGAACGACGAAAUUUCAGAGCCUGUUCGUAGGUUGGACGGCCGCACAGAUCUCUGGGCACCCAAGUACCUUGCUCUAGACCAGCCACUAUCUCAAUACAUUGACGCUAGCCCUGGAUUCAAUAUCAAAAUCUCAGACCUGGGAGGAGCUUUCUUCCUGUCCGACCCUUCUAACAAAUUGGUGACUCCGGUGGCACUUCGCAGCCCUGAGCUUAUUUUUGAGAAAAAAAUUAACAAAGACCAAGACAUUUGGAGUUUUGGUUGCCUGAUAUUUGAACUCUUUACCAGUAGACAUCUAUUUUUGGUAACGGACAUGGGCCGCGAAGAGGAAGUCAACGAUGAUCACUUUCUUCAAUUCAAUGACGUUCUCGGGCCACUUCCUGGCACCUUACUUGCAAAAUAUCCUCGUGCACAUAUUUACUACAACGAGAAGGGUGAGAAGGUGAAGAACUAUAUCGGCGAGCUUCCGGAAGGGUUUGACCCUAGUACGAUAGAGCCUUCACCGUCUCUCGAGCAGGCGUUUGAUAAGGAGAAGCCUGUCGACAUAGACGAUGAAGAAGGCUAUAUUAUCAAGGGUAUACUUAGAUGUAUCCUAGAUUAUGAUCCGGCUAAGCGACCUUCCGCUUCUGAGCUUCUGAAGCAUCCAUGGUUUUCUGCUAUUGCUAGUGAGGAGGAGACAAAUGUUCGAAAUGAAUAA